AUGACGCAGCGGGAGGCGGAGCGCGCCACUCUGGCCACGGAGAGGGCGCAGCUUACCGCGGCUUGGCGCGUUCUUGAGGCCCGCGUCGCCGCGGUGCGAGCCGCCAACGAGGGCGAGCGGCGCGCCCUGGAGGAGGAGCGGAAGGCCCUAGAGGGCACCCGUGUGGAGGCCGCGCGGGAAUGGGAAGAAGCCGCCCGCCUGGCCGAGGCGUCGCAGCAACAGGCUGCCGAGGUGCUUGCCAGGGAGAGGCAGGCGCAGGCACGGGAGGAGACGGUUCUAGCCCGCAAGAGGGCGGCGGAAGCCUCCCAGGCUGAAUUGGCCUGCCUAAAAGGCGAGGCUGACCAAGUCCGCGCCGAACUCCAACAUCGGGAGGAGGAGCUCCAGAGCCAGGAGGAGGAGAUCGCCAUCAGGGAGACCGACCGGGUGAAGCAAGCUGAAGCCCAGGCGACCAGCGCGGUCGGGGGACAGGGCUUCGAGGAGUGGCUGCGGCGCGCGACGGAGGAGCUCGAGGCCACCGAGACUGAACGGGCCAAUGUGAAGCGGAUGAUGGAAGACAUCUUCCAACAGAUGCGGAGGUCCGUGAGGGCGGCUGGGCUCGGGUGA